GGAAAGGCUGCGCUGCGCCGCUCUUCACGGUUCCUAUCGGAGAGGCUGCACUGAUGGCGACGUCUUUAGGAUCAAACACGUACAACAGACAGAACUGGGAGGACUCGGACUUCCCUAUUCUCUGCCAAACAUGUUUAGGGGAAAAUCCUUACAUUCGCAUGACCAAAGAGAAGUAUGGCAAAGAAUGUAAGAUAUGCGCUCGGCCCUUCACCGUGUUCCGCUGGUGUCCUGGUGUGCGCAUGCGCUUUAAGAAGACAGAGGUGUGUCAGACGUGCAGCAAGAUGAAGAACGUGUGUCAGACCUGCCUGCUGGAUCUGGAGUACGGCCUUCCCAUCCAGGUGAGGGAUGCCGGACUGUCCAUCAAAGACGACAUGCCAAAAUCAGACGUCAACAAGGAGUAUUAUACACAGAACAUGGAAAGAGAGAUCCAAAACUCAGAUGGCACACGGCCAGUGGGUUUGCUGGGCAAAGCGCCCAGCUCCAGCGACAUGCUGCUGAAGCUGGCUCGCACCACCCCCUACUACAAGAGAAACCGCCCCCACAUCUGCUCUUUCUGGGUGAAGGGCGAGUGUAAGAGAGGAGAGGAGUGUCCGUACAGGCAUGAGAAACCCACAGACCCUGACGAUCCACUGGCAGAUCAGAACAUUAAAGACCGUUACUAUGGCAUCAACGACCCAGUGGCUGAUAAACUGCUGAAGAGAGCCUCUACCAUGCCAAGACUCGACCCACCCGAGGACAAAACCAUCACCACCCUCUACAUAGGGGGUUUGGGCGAUACUAUCACAGACUCUGAGCUCAGGAAUCAUUUCUACCAGUUUGGGGAGAUCCGCACCAUUACUCUAGUGCAGAGACAGCAGUGUGCGUUUAUUCAGUUUGCUAUGAGGCAGGCAGCUGAGCUUGCUGCUGAGAAAUCCUUCAACAAGCUCAUCAUCAAUGGCCGCAGACUUACUGUCAAGUGGGGCCGCUCACAGGCAGCCAAGGGCAAAGAGGCUAAAGAUGGCUACAGUGAGAUGGGCACCAGACUGGAGCCUGUGCCUGGUCUGCCUGCAGCUUUGCCACCACCCCCAGCUUUGGAGGAUGAGACCCCAGCUAACUACUUUAACCUGGACCCCAGCAACUCUCCUGCAGUGCUGAACCUCAGCCUGCCCCCUCCUCCUGGUCUCCCCAACCCACCACCACCAGGUUUUGGACCACCAAUGUUCCAUCCAAUGGGCCCUCCACCACCUCCCCCUAUGGGCUUGAGACCACCAGGGCACAUCCACUACCCGUCCCAGGACCCCCAGAGAAUGGGCGCUCACGCCGCCACACGCCACGGAGACUAGAGGCUCGACCUCUCCUGGAUUCUGUGCCAGUUAGCUGUGGGCUGCGAGAGUCAGAGUGCACCAGCUGAGACUGCAGUGUUGUUGAGCGUCUCUUCCUGUGAAUGACUGAUCUUUGAUGAAGGGCCAGCGUGACCUCAUGCAGAACACAAUGCCUCAUUGUUUCUAAACCGUGUUUCACUGUUGAUGGCUUCACAUUACUGGCUCACAAUUACAUUCACACUGACCCUUCAGAAACACGUACGGUGGGAGCAGCUAGGGUAGAAGUGAUGUCAGGUUGUGCUAACAGGACUUUCUUCCAGACUGGAAGUUGUAACAGGGUGUAGUGCUCAUUUUGCCUGAGCACAGCAACACAAUUAACCGUGUAAAUUUGCUCACUGCCCCUGUAGUGUCAAUUAAAACAGCUAUUAAAUAAAACCUAAAGUGAAGAACUAAACACCUUCACAUAUUUGUCAGCUUGUUUCAAUUAAAAAUAAAGGUUCUUGCACUAUCAAGACCAAAAUUCAAGCAAUAAUAAGCCCACAGUGAUCAGUACAUUACUGUAUCCUAUUUUAGGUUAUUUAUUUUACUAAAAAGACAUGUGAAAGUAGGUGGAGUUCUCUUUAGCUUGUGUGGUCACAUGAUUUCUCACAUGUUAACAGUAAACACACAGCAGUACCAACAACACAGGAGCUUCAAGUAAUGAUUUACUUUUUUUUUUUAUUUACUUGCUGUCUGGUUAUGCAAGAGUCACAGGAGGCAAUUCUGGCUAGUUAGCCUUAUUUAUUUUUAAAAAUGGGGGUUGUUUAACUCUGUGAUGAUUCUUUGAAGGUUGCAUGUGACUAGUCAGUGGUUUGCACAAUUUCUAGUUCUACCAUGUUCCACCAUACCACACUUUCUAGGUGGAAAAAUGCCAUAGAUCUGCUGUGAGUAACUGUAGAGAUUCAGACAAGGUACCCAUUUCAUACACUAGUCCCCUGGUCCCUAAAUAGCAUUUUUAAAUGUAAUGUCUCUAAGGUGAAUGAAGUGAUUUCCCCACAUUCACGUUUUUAGGUUUAAUUGCUCUUAUACAUUUGAUUCCACCCACAGAGUGCUUGAUAAUUACCCAGUAGGGUUAAUUAGGUGUGGUAGAACAGGGAAACACUAAACUGUACGGUACAUUGGAGUCUCAAGACUUGGACUGAAUUUGAAUACCACUGCCCUAAUAACACACUAAUGUAUCGUUCUGCAAUGCAUUUAUCGUGUUAAGUGAAACUUUUUCAGUCUUAUCUUGGUGUUUAGUCUGCUAAUAUAAAAUAAAGAUGUGAAGUUGCAAUCCCACAACUUCACAAAACAACUGUGACUUUAAGCGUAAAGAGACUGUGGUUGUUUUAUGCAUGCUCUUUUCGUUUUUUGGAAGGAAAACAAUACCGUUACCAGUACUUUCCCCACACAUGCCUCUUGGCCACUCUUGACCAACAGCUGUGAGGGACAGGCUUUGUCAGCUUCUGUGUUUUGUGUUCUUUUCCUUCUAUCUUUCCAUUGUUAUUGUUGUGAGGUUGUGAUACUCUGUUGAACAUAACAGACAAAAGAAACCUGACUUUUAUUAAGAAAUCAUUAUGCUGUCUGGCAUCCUCUGUGAACACUGUUAUAAAAUGUGCCAUAAUGUCAAAGUGACUGUCAGGAUAUUUCUGUAAAUGUAUUACAUCUUAUAAUUGUUAUAUUGUUAUAACUAAUUAUAACUAUUGAGCAAAUUCAUCAUUUUUACUUUGCUACACAACAGUGUUUGUCUUAAAUGAAUAGUUUUGGAAUAAAAACUCUACACAAUU